AUCAGAAACUUACUAGAUGAAUAAAUCAAUAUAUAAAGGUAAAUUUUAGGGAAAAGUGAAUCAGAAAAUUAGCCUAACUGGGAAAAUUUACUCACUUAGGAUUUGGAAAUAUUCAAGUUAUGAAAACCACUGAUAUGAGGGGAGCAUUUGCUUUUUAUGGAAGUAUUCUAGCUCUCAAAACUCUAGUUCUUGCAGGAGCUACGAUUAUCAAGCGCUUGCAAACGAAGUCUUCCUGCAAAGACCAACCGCACCCUGAUGUACAAUCUAUACAGAGAUGUCAUUCAAAUGAUUUGGAGAAUCUGGUACCAUUUCUUUUUCUUGGUCUACUCUACUGCAGUACAGAUGCACCAGCUACAGUUGGAUUGUGGCAUUUUCGAAUUUUCGCACUAGCUCGAAUUUUACACACACCAGCUUAUUUACUUACAGAAGGAAGAUUUCCUAUAGGAAUGAUAUUUCUUGUUGGUUAUAUUGUCAAUAUUUCAUUAGCAUUAAAAUCUAUUCUGUAUUUUUCGGAAACAUGGUAAACAAUAAUGGUUAGACAAAUUACCUCAGGGAAAUUUUGUAUUUCGUUGCUUUUUUUAUUGUGUCUUUUUUUCUUUCUUUUUGUAAUAUGCUCAUAUUUAUUGAUUUCGUUUGUUUAUUCUAAAGUUUAUUUUACGCUCCUAGUUAAUUAUUAUGAUGUGACGAAUAAUAUAUACAUAAUAUUAUUAUUAUCUGGUGUUAAUCGACUUGAAAUGUUGUUAGUUCUUUUUAAUUAAUGCAAUAAUUUUCUAAAAAAAAUAUAUUGGAGUUACUUAACA